GUCACUAACAAAAAGUGUGCUAUGCGCUCUGACUUACUUAGGGUGGUGUGUUCAUUGUUUGAGGCUUACGCCACAAUACACAUAUUUGAGCUUGGUCAAACAAUUGAUGGACUAUAUUCAGAACAUUAUAAAUCCGCUAUAUGUGCGUGGCUUCUCUCUGCUAAAACUGGUGUCUCGGUUUGUUGAGCUUUUGAGCUGCAUCUUCAUGAAGGAGACUUUGAGGUACUUAGCAGGAAUUGCAGGCCCCAGUGGGUAUGGCUCGAAUGCCACGGCUGAGCAAGUCACUGUGGAUUGUUCUUACUUGCUUCCUUCUCACCUCACUGCCAUCAUCACAGGGGCUACGUCAGGAAUUGGAGCAGAAACAUCAAGAGUGUUAGCAAAGAGAGGGGUCAGAAUAGUAAUACCAGCAAGGAACUUGAGAAAAGCAGCUGAAGUGAGGGACAAGAUUUUGCAGGAAUCUCCAAACGCCAAAAUCAUAUUGUUGGAGAUCGAUCUCAGCUCCUUCACUUCCAUUAAAAGAUUCUGCGCUGAGUUCUUGUCUCUUGGACUGCCACUUAACAUCCUUAUAAACAAUGCAGGAGUAUUCUCCCAAAAGUUGGAGUUUUCGGAAGAGAAGAUUGAGAUGACAUUCGCAACAAAUUACCUAGGACAUUAUCUACUGACAGAAAUGCUACUAGAGAAAAUGAUAGAAACGGCAUCACAAUCAGGCGUAGAAGGAAGGAUCAUCAACGUUUCCUCAGUCAUUCACAGCUGGGUAAAGAGAGACUCUUUCCGCUUCAACCAGAUCAUCAACCCCAAAAUUUACAACGGCACGCGCGCAUAUGCUCAGUCGAAGUUAGCCAAUGUUUUGCAUGUCAAGGAAAUGGCAAGACAGCUCAAGGCAAGGAAUGCCAGAGUUACCAUUAAUGCGGUCCAUCCAGGCAUAGUGAAGACUGGAAUUGUCAGAGCACAUAAAGGCUUUAUUACAGAUUCCCUGUACUUCAUUGCAUCCAAGCUACUGAAGACUAUAUCUCAGGGAGCAUCGACAACAUGUUAUGUUGCUCUGAGCCCCAAGACAGAAGGGAUCAGUGGUAGAUACUUUGCAGAUUGUAAUGAGAGUACCUGCUCCAGUCUAGCAAACGAUGAACAUGAAGCAAAGAAGCUAUGGAAGCGGACAACUACAUUGAUCCAGAGACGACUCCGGCAAUAGACAGAUAUUCGAUGUACCUUUUGUAAAGUUACAGCAGUUAGGAGACGUGUACAUAAGGUUAUGUAUUCAAGACUACAGAAGGCACACACAGCAGUAGGCUUAUUGGUGGGGAAAGCAAAAGCAA